CGUGGGCGGCGCCAAGGCUGAAGAGCAGAGCCUUUGGACUCAGUCGGAGAGGGGAAGCCGCGGCCUAUUCUCUGCCCUCCGACAUGGCGCCCUCCGGCCUUCUCCGCGUUGCGGCCUCCUCCUGCCGACGGAUCCUCCUCGCAGCGCCAGGCGGGACGGGAAGAGGCCCCCGCCGGCUCCUCCACGCCUCGCCGCGGCCCAGCUCAGAAGAUAAAGUUACAGUGCACUUUAUAAAUCGUGAUGGUGACAAGCUAACAGCCCAGGGAAAGGUUGGAGACUCACUUCUAGAUGUUGUGGUUGACAACAAUCUCGACAUAGAUGGUUUUGGUGCAUGUGAGGGAACACUUGCCUGUUCCACUUGUCAUUUGAUCUUUGAAGACCAAAUAUAUGAAAAACUGGAUGCCAUCACUGAUGAGGAACUGGAUAUGCUGGACCUUGCCUAUGGGUUGACUGACAGAUCUCGAUUGGGUUGUCAAAUCUCCUUGAAGAAAUAUAUGAACCAAAUGACAGUCCGAGUGCCUGAAGCUGUUGCUGAUGCCCGACAAUCUCUAGAUAUGAGCAAGAACCCUUAAAAUAAAGCUUUGGCGAGUGUUCUGUGAUAUUAAAAGUAUUUUUAUAACUUA